UCUCUCUCUCCUCAUCACGAAAGUUCAACCUCCACCCUGUCUCUCUCUCUCUCUCUCCAAAAAGUCCCGAUUCUUUCCCCAAUACCAAUCGAAAGCUAAAUUAAAUUCACUAACAAAACCCUAACCUCGGUACACUUUUGGACUUGUUUUGGAUUUGCUUGAAAUAUUUAGUAAUGUAUAACGGGAUGAUGGAUCCGGAAUUGAUGAGGAUCGCUCAGGAGCAGAUGAGUCGGAUCCCUCCUCAAGAGCUCGCCAAGAUGCAGCAACAAAUGAUGUCGAACCCUGAGCUCAUAAGAUUAGCAUCAGAAAGUAUGAAGAAUCUGAGGCCUGAUGAUCUGAAACGAGCUGCGGAGCAGCUAAAACACACAAGACCUGAGGAUAUGGUAGAGAUCAGUGAGAAAGUGGCUAAAGCUAAGCCGGAAGAGAUUGCAGCUAUGAAGGCACAUGCUGACGCACAAGUCUCUUAUGAAAUGAGUGCAGCUCAGAUGCUGAAGCUGGAGGGGAAUAAGCUCCAUGGCCGUGGACAAUAUCACGAGGCUUCUAAUAAAUAUCUUCUUGCAAAAAACAACUUGAAAGGCAUCCCUUCGGCAGAGGCUGGAACUCUUCAGUUGCAGUGUUCUCUUAAUCUAAUGUCAUGUUACCUGAAAACCAGACAAUUCGAGGACUGCAUUCAGGAAGGUUCAGAGGUUCUCGCUUUUGACUCAAAAAAUGUUAAAGCUCUUUAUCGCAGAGGUCAAGCAUAUAAAGAACUUGGAAAAUUGGAAGCUUCUGUCUCUGACUUGAGAAAGGCACAUGAAAUUUCCCCAGAAGACGAGACAAUAGCAGAAGUUUUCAGAGAUGCUAAUGAAAAGUUGAUGGAAGGCGGAGACCAGAAUACAUCAAGAGGUGUAGUUAUUGAAGAAAUUGAUGAAGAAGAGACCAGUCCAAUUCGAUCAGAAAGUCACGAAACCUCAUCUGCGGAAUGUUCUGUGGCAGAGCCAGUUGAAGCUGCUGCUCGAAACUAUGGCCCAAAUCUUGGUGUUUCUCCUUCUGAAGCUGAGUGCUUAAAAAGCUUACGCGACAGUCCUGAAGCCAUGAGGUUAUUCCAAAAUUAUGUUUCAAAUGCCAAUCCUGAUACAUUGGCAGCAAUGGGUGCCGGAGGAAUGCCACCUGAUAUGAUUAAAACAGCCACAGAUAUGAUUACUAAGAUGAAGCCUGAAGAUCUUCAAAAAAUGCUCGAAGUUGCUUCUUCUUUGAAUGGAAAAUCUCCAAACUUUCCAAACAUUCAUGGAGGUGGAUCAAAGUUCGGUUCACAAAUGCCAGAAAUGACACCGGAAAUGAUUAAGAUGGCAUCUGAUAAGAUGUGUAAGAUGUCACCUGAAGAGAUUCAAAAGAUGCUUAAAAUUGCAUCCUCGAUGAAUCCUAAAGGCACUCCUUUACCAAACGCUGCUACAACGUUAGGUUCACAAAUUCCAGAAAUGACACCUGAAAUGGUUAAGAUGGCCUCUGAUAAGAUGAGCAGCAUGUCACCUGAAGAACUUCAGAAGAUGUUUGAAGUGGCAUCUUCAAUGAAUCUUAAUGGUGCCCCUUUUUCGAACUCUUCAUCAGACAGCACCACCCAGACAUCUGGAAGUGGAUCACGAGCAUCAACUGCUGAAGGGAAAUUCAAUGAUGGAGAAGUAAUUGCUCAGGCCUCAUCUAGCACUCCGGCUUCAUCUACUGAUUUGCAGGAGAGUUUGAGAAACUCAAUGAAAGACCCAGCUAUGCGACAGAUGUUUACGUCAAUGAUGAAAAAUAUCAGUCCAGAAAUGAUGGCAAAUAUGAGUGAACAGUAUGGAAUGAAGCUUUCAAAAGAAGAUGCAGAAAAGGUUCAAAAAACUAUGUCAUCAUUAUCACCAGAAGACUUGGAUAAAAUGAUGAGAUGGGCAGAGAGGGCACAAAGAGGUGUCGAAACAGUAAAGAAGACAAAGAACUGGUUGCUGGGAAGACCUGGCUUGAUCUUCGCAGUUAUCAUGUUGGUCCUGGCCUUCAUCUUUCAUCGGUGGCUAAGCACUAAUCUCAUUAUAUAUGGCAGAGCCGACUCUUUUGCGGAGAAAGUCCACAUAUGAAUUAUUACAGGACUGAUACUGAUCUUGGAGUUUUUUUUCUGUUUUUAUAUGUUCUUAUCUAGGCCAGUGCUCGUAUGAAUCACAAAAAAAAUAUAUAUAUAUAUGGCUGGGACAAUUGAUUUCACUCUGCAUGUGAAGAGUACUAUAGAAAACUAACCUGACUUUUGGGGGAGCAAGUUUGUGGGGUUAGUUCUGUAUCAAUUAACUUACUUCGCAUUCCUUGAAAUUUGUUUGGUUGAGAUCAA